CUUAAUUUCAUUCCCAGUACUUCAGUUAACCAAAACCCACCUAGAUCAGCUCGUUCUUUUCUCAAUUCAAUUCAGGAUCAGAUAUGGGUAUCCAUUUACCUUCCGUGAUUCUUCAUGCCAAGCAAGUUCUCAAACUGCAGUCUAGGAACCAGACAGAUGUGCCAAAAGGCCACAUUGCAGUUUACGUUGGAGAAAUCAACAAGACAAGAUUUGUCGUUCCCAUAUCAUACUUGAACCACCCUUCUUUUCUAGAUUUGCUCAACACGGCAGAGGAAGAGUUUGGCUUCAAUCACCCUAUGGGCGGUCUUACAAUUCCGUGUGACGAAGAUGUCUUCAUUGAUCUCACUUCUCGGUUGCAAGCCUGCUGAAAAAUGAACAAAAAAAUGCUCUCGCCAGAAUUUUGAUGAUUUUUUUAGUUAAAUGAUUUUAUUCCAUUGAAGAAUAUAAGAAAUGUAAAUGUAGAUAAUUUUUGACAAUUGACAUGACAGUGAGUGGGGAGAUAGAUUAUAUAUGCUCUCUCCUACCAAGAUGUUAUCAACUGAUAAUGAAAUUCUUUGUUUUUGAA